ACCAAAUGUUUCCACUGUGAAUAGGGCUGGUCUCUCGCUGAGGAAAAAAUUCCAAAAAAAAAAUCAAACGUUUCCACCAUGAAACCCUACAUGUGCACAUCGCCACUGGAUAUCUAUGCUACGGCCACCGCCUAUCGUCGGGUCUCUGCCGCGGCCACUGCUCGUCGUCACAUUCAACCCCGAUCAUUAGGUCUACGCUGUGGUUGCCGCCGAUCGUCGUGUUCCGGUCGUCGGGUCUCCGCCGAGGGUGCUGGUCGUCAGGUCUCCACCGCGGCUGUUGUCCAUCAUCGUGUUCAACCGUGGGCAACGCUUGUCUCGGGACUCCACGGCCGCCCCCAGACGUCGUCGUGUUCCGGUCGUUGGGUCUCCGCCGCGGCCCUGUAGACCAUCUGUAUGCCCAGAACGACCCUCAAACAUUGCAUCGCAAGGUGGGUCAUCCAGUAUGGAUUACCUACGUAGUCAAAGUGAGAGAUACAACAACAUGGAUGCACAUAACAAGGAGGCUCUAUUGCAACGUAAGGGGCAGCACUAUAGAAGAAACGCCAGCGACUUGCCAGAUGUAAAUUUGCCUGGCCUAGCCUCCAACAAUGUAGCUGCCAAAACCAAUUUAGAUGAAUUCGACCGUGCCAUAUUCGAACCUACCCAUACAUUUGAAGACGGUGAAGAAACCGACAUGAACGGUGGCCAUGUAUUGCACACCGACGAUUUAUAUGCUGCUGAUAAUGGAAUCGUUCUGCUACAACCACAAGAUGACAAUUAUGAGUCAUAUGGUGUGUGUGCGGAGGGUGCAGGAGGGCACAGUAUGACUGAUGAUCCUUAUGAAGUGAUCUACCAGAACCUGCCACAGAGGCAUAAAUUAAGAAAUGUUCCUGACUGCCGUUUCUGUGGUGCGAUGAGGUUUCAGUAUGAGCCACCUGGGUUUUGUCGUAGAAAAGGAAAGGUAAACAUACAUAUAUCGGAGGUUCCCAAAGAGCUGAAAAGGUUAUUCACAAGUCAGAACACAAGGUGGAGAAGUAUGGAAGUGCUUCUUCUGAAAAUUGCUGGGACACUUUAGAAUUGGAUAAUUCUGUGUCCUGGAACCAGAAAGACAGCCUCUCCUCUUUGGUAGAAGAACUAAGGAAGAUUGCUUCAAGACCUGGGAGGAUUACUGGCUGAAGCGUGGUCUAUCGGCGACGUCCCUAUCCCUCUGGAAGCUCUCUGACUACAGCUGGGAGCCGAAGCUCAUGCCAGAAGAAUUGUAAGGAACUUUGUGAAGGUGAACUGCUGAUGGCCGGUGGUGAGGAAUCUUGAUCUGCCAUGCGGAGGCCUGAGGACUUGAAGAAAUUUUGGGCAAGUGUCUGUGCUGGUGACAGUGGCGAGGUUUUGUGCCACUGCCCUUCCGUUAGUCUUGUCUUACUCUAGCUUUGGUGUUGCCUGUCUUACUGUUGUUGGGUUGUAUACCUCUGUUGGCUGCCUUGGUGGUAAGCCGAACUGGUGCUGUAAACUGUAUUCGUCUUUUCAUCAAUUAAG